AUGCCAGAGGGCAAGGCUCCGCAUUUUCCACAGCAGCCUGUAGCUCGUCAGAACGAUGACGGCUCACUUGAGCUCGAAUGCUUCCUCGACGCAUCUCCUCAGCCAGACAUCAAGUGGUUUUACGAUAAUGUGAGUAUGGUAAUUUUCACCUUUUUUCUUCGCCUAUGUACUAUCCUGUUCUUUGAUUGCCUGUUAUUUGAUGUUCUCUUACAUAAGUCCGUCCUAGAAUUGAUAUGCUAAGC